AUGGAGGAGAGCGCAGAGGCGAUAGAUGGGCCAAAUCCUCAUGCAACCCUCUUUAGGCUUGCAUUACAGGCUCUUGUUGUGUAUUUCAAGUCCGACGGAAUAUAUAUUUGCGACAAAUUCUGGUCAACAUGGGACAACAAGACCAUCCAGACGACCCUCACAAAGACGGUUAAGAACCCGGAUUUAAGGAAAGAGCUGGGGUUGUCUAGACUUGUCUGGGAGUCUCUGGCAGAGGCCCUCGAUGCCGCUGUUCCGACACUUCGGCAUCGAUGCUUCUCCAUCGACAAGGCAGACUCGGACACGGAGUCACCAUCCAGUCAAACGAUCGUUGCAAACGCCAAGUUGCUAGUGAAAGACAUUAGAAUUCUCAUCAAUCUUGUUAGUAUCGCUCGGAACAUUCUCGCCUGUGGAGCUGCGGCGCAGAACUUGGCCGCGGAAGCACUGGUGGACCAGGCGGUCCUUAAAGUCAUCAGCGUAGACGUAAGUGUGACCACUCAAGGAUUCGAAGGAAAGACGGGCAGUCAAGAUGAGCAAGAGUUUCAGAAGGUUGUUGAUGAAUAUAAGGAACUGUUGUACACAUGUCUUCAGUUUCUGAAUAACCUGAUGAUCCAGAACGAGCAACGCAAAUUAAUGUUGUGGCUCGAUCUAUUUGACAUGUCCUUCGACCGAGGGCUCUCCGAUGAAGAUCGAUUGACAAGAGAAAAGCUCCUCCGGAUUAACCCUCCGUCAAUUCCAAGACACAUCCCUCCUGAACCUGUGAAGCUAACGUCCUCAUCGCCCUGGGAUAGCCGCAACGGAUCUGCAUUUGUUGUUUUCCUCGCUACAAACACCCCGAAGAUCCGCGAGCGAUUGAUCGAUGAAGGCAAACCCGCCGGGCCCCGCGAAAUUACUGAAAUGUGCAUGUCGGAGUGGCGGGCGCUCUCCGAGAUAGAAAUGCUAAGCUGGUGUACCACAUAUCAUACAGUCCUGGUUAACUACAUCGUUUGCGAGAAGCCAAAACCAUCCAAGGACGGAACGGUCAUCCGCGAGUCUAGAACGUUAUCGGAUCUCUUAUAUCUGGCCGAGAAAUGCGACGAUGGCCGCGUUCUGGAAAUGCAACUUCCGGGAGAUAUGGAUUCAAACACAGCGGCCGAACCCAGACAGGAAAAGUUCGUUGGAGGAUAUGAAGGGCUGAGUCGAGCCUGGUUUGGAGAAAUGGUUCGAAAUUCCUGGGGUUCGAAACCGAUGCACCAGACGGCUCCAACCGAGGGAGAUUGCCGUACCGGUUAUGAUGCGCGGGAAGGCGCGGAAAUGCUUCGCAGAGGCAAAGCCGAUCUGAUGAGCAGGUUGAACCCGCAAUCUGAAGAGGGGGUGCUUCAUGACGACCGACAUUUGCAGACCGAAACAGAAGAGGAUGAGCAAUCUGUCAGCUCACCCGUAGCGGAUUACGAUUCCUCUUCGAUCAAAGCCGUGGUAUCCGACGACGACAGUGAUGGAGACCGCAGCGACGACGACGACUAUCCGAUUUCGGGGGAGGAAGGACGCGGACUUUUGACCGGUGUUCCUCUCGUACUCGACCCUGCCGAGAUCACAGUCUUACCGAUGAUCGUCCUAAAUGGCAUCGUGCCGCCAAAACGUAACGAGGGAUGCCCUGACUGCGCCAACGAAGAGCUUUGGGAUGAGCUAAUUGAGAACUUAUAUACCGUUCGUUGCAACAUUUUCCUCGGGCAACCCAAUGGCAGGAAUUUGAUGCGCGAACUGCUGAUCUUUGUCGCCGCUUGGGAUUGCCGCGAGGAGGACCUAUACUACAAGUUCAUGGUGAGAAUCGUUGAGGCCAUCUUGAAACGUGGGCUGUUGGUAUAUGCCUACCAAACUUUGAAAGAGAAAAAGGACUUGAUUUCGCCGGCACAAGCGGUCAUCAUGAAGUUGUUGACAACGGUUUUCCGAUCCCGCCAACUCACGGAAGAAGCGGCUGCCGAAGGGAAUGUCGAGAUGCCAAAGCAACCAUCUGUUUAUCCAUCCCAAGUCGAUGUAUUCGUUGUAGGCCGCAUGAUGGAAGAGUUCAGAAGUGAGAUUAUUCCCCAAGUCUGCUCCUUGAUCUUCCUUCAAGGUCAGAUCAAAGCUGGCCUUGCAUCACCCGACGAAUUCCCUAUGAAUCAAUGGGAUAUGGAGAGGAUGUACGAGGGCCUCUACCAAUUCAUGGAGUUCUUCGCCAUCUUGACCGAACAUAAGUUCUGGCAGAAGAUGAUGGCCGACUGGGAGUUGGUAAGCGAAUUUAUCACACUUCUCAAAGAGCUCGACCGCGCCAUUCCCCUUGGGAAGUACCGACCAGCACCGAAGGAUUCCCGCCCGGACACCGACUCAGGGGCACAAGCGGUUGCAGUGGAACGACCAUACGAUGUCUCACAAGAAGCCGGUCCUGGAGAGCAGCCCCCAGUUGAUCCAAACUACGCUCCUGUUACGCCGACAGAACCAGCAGACUUUGAAUGGAAGAACUUGAAGAAGCUUGCCGUGCUUGUUCUGUCCUCUCUCGUCUACAAAUGCCGACCCGUGCAAGACCAGAUCCGCGAGUUCGAUGGCAUCGAGCCGAUUCUCUCCUGCUGCCGGCCCGACGAGCACAACCCAUAUAUUCGUGAGCACGCCGUCGUUUGCCUACGUUUCUUGAUGGAGCAGAACCCGCGGAACCUGGAAGUCGUGCACCGGCUGCAAGCGCAGAAUAUUCCGACCGAAAUCCUUGAGAAACAUGGGUGGGAGAAGUACCAAGACGGCAACACGACGACCUUAAGAAAGAAACCGGGUGCAAAGCCGCAGGGACAACCUUCGGGUUCUCAAACUCAGACACAACCUGGGGCUUCACAAGGUCCAGCAAGAGCCUCUCCUCCAACUGCAAGUGCUAGUGACCAUGGACAGUCUGCCACUCAGUCCGGUUCUACGCAAGGUGGGGCACCUAGGACUAACACCAAACCCAAAGGCAAAUGA